CUUGUAUUUCCCCUAAUAUUUUUUUCCCCCAAAUCUCGCAACAUCACGGCGAUGAUUCACCUUCCCUUUCGGCAUAAUCCCGAUGACGAUUCCUCCGCAAUCUUCAUCCACUUUCCCGACAUCAUCGUCUCCUCGUCGUCCCAAUGAGAUGAGUUGUCCAACAUCGGAGUUCAGACGCGGUCCGACGUCGGCGAUCGGACGCGGUCCGACGUCGGCGAUCGGACGGGGCCCGAAGUCGGCGAUCGGACGGGGUCCGACGUCGGCGAUCGGACGGGGUCCGAAGUCGGCGAUCGGACGCGGUCCGACGUCGGCGAUCGGACGGGGUCCGACGUCGGCGAUGACGAUGUCCGACAUCGGCGUUCGGACGGAGAUCCCAGAGCUAAUGUCGACAUUCGGACCAGUGACGGCGUCGGCCCAGGUGCAGGCGCCCGAUCUCCGGCGUCGGACCAAGUGCAGGCGUCCGAUCUUCGGCCUCGUCUUCAGAGGCUUUCCACCGUCAGACCAUCCCUCUGGUUGCCGGAAACUCUUUUUUUGGCCGAAGCAGGUUAAUUAUCACGAUGUUUGAUCAUGAUGCAAUUGUCAAUGCCCUCUUCGCCACGUACUAUAUGGGAGUGGCACUCACGGCCCUGGGGAUAAUUUAUGACACUUUCUUAGCAAUAUGGACGAUUAAGAAAAAGAAGUCAAGCGACAAGAAUACGGAAAACUAUUACGUGCGGUUUCUUAUACACAUCUCGAACUUCGUCAACUACAGCCUCAUGCUGUGGUAUGUAAAUAUGCACUUCAACAUUAAUUAAUAGCUUUUUGUGACUGCGGACAUUGGUCAUAGA